GCGGCUUAAGGGCGGAAGGCUGGGGGAGGGUAGCGGAGCCGGCACCGCCGCCAUGUUGGGUCUGAGGCUGCUGCUGUAGGCGCCGUUGGAGCGAGUGUCGGUGCAGAGCGGUGACCGCGGCGUGGGAUCUGCCUCUCUGCGAGCGGCCCCCAGCCGGGGCGGGCGGCGCCAUGAGUGGGGGCACCCCUUACAUUGGCAGCAAGAUCAGCCUCAUCUCCAAGGCGGAGAUCCGCUAUGAGGGCAUCCUCUACACCAUCGACACGGAGAACUCCACCGUAGCCCUGGCCAAAGUUCGGUCCUUUGGUACAGAAGACAGACCAACAGAUCGUCCAAUACCACCUCGAGAUGAAGUCUUUGAAUACAUUAUAUUCCGGGGAAGUGAUAUUAAAGACCUCACUGUUUGUGAGCCGCCAAAACCACAGUGUUCUUUGCCUCAGGACCCAGCUAUUGUUCAGUCUUCACUAGGCUCAUCUACUUCUUCGUUCCAGUCAGUGGGUUCCUAUGGACCUUUUGGCAGGAUGUCGACGUACAGCCAGUUCAGUCCAAAUUCAUUAGUCGGGCAGCAGUUUGGUGCUGUUGGUGUUGCUGGAAGCUCCUUGACAUCCUUUGGGACAGAAACGUCAAACAGUGGUACCCUAUCCCAAAGUAGUGCAGUUGGAUCUGCCUUUACACAGGAUACAAGAACUGUAAAAACACAGUUAUCUCAAGCUGAAAUACACAAAGUUUCAAGACCAGAAAAUGAGCAACUCAGAAAUGAUAGUAAAAGACAAAUAGUUCCAGGUGCUCCUUCAGCUCCAAGGAGAGGGCGUGGGGGUCACCGAGGUGGCAGGGGAAGAUUUGGUAUUCGGCGAGAUGGUCCUAUGAAAUUUGAGAAAGACUUUGACUUUGAAAGUGCAAAUGCACAAUUUAACAAGGAGGAAAUUGACAGAGAGUUUCAUAAUAAACUUAAAUUGAAAGUGGAAGAUAAACUUGAGAAACAGGAGAAGCCUGUAAAUGGUGAAGAUAAAGGGGACUCAGGAGUUGAUACUCAAAACAGUGAAGGAAAUGCAGAUGAAGAAGAUCCACUAGGACCUAAUUGCUAUUAUGACAAAACUAAAUCCUUCUUUGAUAAUAUUUCUUGUGAUGAUAAUAGAGAACGGAGACCAACCUGGGCUGAAGAAAGAAGAUUAAAUGCUGAAACAUUUGGAAUCCCACUUCGUCCAAACCGUGGCCGUGGAGGGUACAGAGGCAGAGGAGGUCUUGGUUUCCGUGGUGGUCGAGGGCGUGGUGGUGGCCGAGGUGGUGCCUUCACCGCCCCUAGAGGAUUUCGUGGUGGAUUCAGAGGUGGUCGUGGGGGCAGGGAGUUUGCAGAUUUUGAAUAUAGGAAAGACAACAAAGUUGCUGCAUAGUCUACAAACAAGUCUUUGAAAAUAGGUGAAUUUCUAGCUCUUCGUGGUCCUGAGAAUUGGUUUCAGUCUUUACCAAGAAUGAAGAAGUGAAUUCGCUGUAUAUUUGUCACCAGCACUGGGUUUUUUUUGUUUGUUUGUUUGUUUUUCUGCUUAAUUUCAAAGAUAUGAUGCAGUUAUAUUGGGCGGGGUGUGGAGGGCAGCUCAUCUUUAAAAAUGAGCAUUAAAUAUAUUUGAAAUAGCAGAAGUUUAAGUAAUUUCUUAUGUAUAGUUAAACUAAAGUAGUACUUCAAUGUUACUUAUAAGUAUUUUUUCAUCACUGAAAGGAUUUUCUUAUCACUAAAUUGUAUUUGGCAAUUCUUGCAAGUUGCCUGCAGAUGGGGCCGUGAUACUGUGUUUCAAGCCACAGAAAGGUGUGUGUGUCUGUGUCUGUGUCUGUGUGUCUGUCUUUUGCCCUUUCUUUCUUUUUGGAAAUCCUGUAAUGUCCCUUUUGAGGAAGCUUAUUUCGUCAGUUAAUUAGGGUGCUGGAUGCUGGAGAAUUUUGUCAGUCAACUAUGUACACACAGUAAAUACUGUUUCUUAGGCAAAGGUAACUUUUUUAUAUAGUUGUAAAAUUCCAUUAUAUUCCAUUGCCAAAGAAACAUUAAGAACUUUGUAUAGCUGUAUAAAAAGCAACUAAUUUUUUAAAGAAUAAACAUUUUAAAGUCAGCAAACAUACUGUGUCCUUGCAGAAGUUGUGCUGAGGAGCAGAGCUAUGGGUGGGUCUUUUUUUCAUAGCUUUCCAGGCUUAAGGUUUUUUUAUUUUUAUUUUCUUUUUUAAUGUUUAGAACACAAAUGAAGAUUUGAUACAUUCUUUCAUUAUAUAAAAAGGAUAAAUUACUCAUGCUCAUCAUAAGAACUUCAUUUUAUAUUAAAUGGCAUAUCACAGGAUUUGUCCACAUAAUAGAUAUCUUCAGUAUAUGAAUGUAAAUAAUCAUAGAUAAGAAUGUACUUAGCUGUAUUUUCAAAUAAGUAACCCCCCCCCCUUUUUUAUGCCAAUAAAACUAGGUAUCAAUUAACCUGUUCUUCCUGAUAAUGCCUGGAAUUUUGUCGUGAUAAACUGACUCAUUCCAUUAUAUUUCAAGAGGAUUCAGAAUGUUAGAAAUGAUUUUGGCAACCUAUCAGAUAUCAUCAUAACACUGGUCCUUGGGCCUGUGGUUCAUAAAUGACUCUAGAGAGUUCAUGGCCAACUAUAAAUUACUAGUAAAUCUUUUUAAUAUUUUAAGCUAUAGUGGGAAAGAAAAUCUGGCCACUUUUGUGUUUUUAUGAAGGCCAUGGAAGAAAGGGAUCCAAAGAUUUAAAUAUUCUUAUCUCUUUUGAUUUUAUUAACUCUCUCCUUAAACUAUUCUGUAGUGAUAAAUAUGUGGAAAACUUUACCAUAGGAGAAUUAGAAUAUUUAAAGAUGGUUGAUAUUUUUAAUUUUAUAUCUUUUGUAUAGCUCUACAACAAAAUGUUUUGUAAUUUGGUUUCAUUAUUAAGUUUCAGUACUUGGUAGCCAUAAUUUAGAUAAUAUUGUUUAAUACUGUUUGCUUUGCAUGUUAACAAAACCAUUUGGAGGACCCGUAAAUCAUGAUAUCGAACACAUUUCUGAGGCAUUCUGAACAUCAAAGCAAGUGCCAUGGCAGUACUUUUAGACUGUUUGAAUGUCCUGGGCCUAUUUCAAGAAAAACUGUAAAUACAGUUCUACAUGCUCUAAAAGAAUGAAUUCAUGCAUUUUCCAAGCCCUCUGGAUCACUACUAGGGCAUGUGGUGCCCCAAUAAUAACUGGCAGCAUGACAUACCUGCAGUGCACCUUUCAAUAUUAAAGCAAGGUUUUUAUUCUGAGACAGAAUAAAACUCUUCAAUAAAAAAUGUUCGUCUAAGUUAUUUCUCUUUAAACAGUAAUACUCUCUUAUAAUAGGAAGGUAAAACAUCUUUAAAAUGUCAGAACAAAAUUAUGGUCAUGCUUUUACUCCCUAGAAUGCGACCUCUGAACAGGCAGGGGCAAAACAGGAGAGGGAAGGGCUGGCUCCUCCUAAAUUCACUUACUGGAUAGACCAUGUCUCCCUCCAAAGGCAGAACUUAAUGUAAGCCGGAGGGAGGGAGGUCAAGAAUGUUAAUCCAGCUCAGUGGCUCUUAAUCAGUGGCUGAACUGACAUCCUGGAAGCAUUUAAGAAAGUGGUGGAGUGGGGGUGUUUUUGACUGUUCCAAUGACUAGGAACCACCAUUGGCAUUUAAGAGUAAGUGUCAGGGAUGGUAAAUGUCUUGCACUAUGCUGGACAGUGCCACAUAAUUAUCCAGCCCAGAGUGCAGCAGUGGCCCUUCCACUUUGAGAAAUACUAGCUGAACUCCCUCCGCAUGGGAAGACAAUGAGGGGGAAUUAAUUCUUCCCCCUCGCCCAAACUUACUUUACAUGGGACAUGAAAGGACAAGUAUAAAGGGACCUUACUUCCAGUAGCAGUGUCUACUACAUUUUGGAAACCCAUUAUCAUUCCAUCCAGUUCUUUCUCAGUGAUUCGCAAAUCUCAGAAUCACCUGAGAAGCAUUUUAAAGGUAAAAAUCUUGCCCUGGCCGGUUUGGCUCAGCGGUUAGAGCAUCAGCCUGUGGUCUGGAGAGACCCGGGUU